CACUCGAUUGGCUCCAGCUACCCAGACAAAGUCGUCGUGUUGUUUACGUGAUACAUUGACUAUAUGAGUUACGAUUGGUGUCGUUGUACACAUGCCUGACUGGGAUUGGUUCCCGCGACCCUUGUGAGGAUAAGCGGGACAAAAAACAUCCGUGGAUGGAUAUAGAGUUGUACACAGUUGGUCUCGUUUUUGUCUGAGCGGGAGACCCGUAGAAAAACAGUAAGAUGGCGGUCAAAGUACGCAUGCGCAGUAUGGCUUCUUGCCUGCCCCUUGCUCAACGGCAGUUUUUGCCUGCUUUGCGGCGACUUCGGUGUCCAAAUUGAGGGGUUCGCAGCAACUGCCGAUGGCGAACGAGCGCCUGCGAGCUCUGGAGGACGUGGAGAAGGAGAUCGCGAUGGUUCUGCAGUGUGCCGGCAACAUCCUGAUGGAACUUUCCAAAGAUAAACACAACGCCAGCCUGCUGGACAGACAGCUGGUGCAGUUCCAGGGCUCCGUCAACCGCGUGGAGAGCGAACUGAGCGGCCAAAUCCGCUACCUGACGCAGGUUGCCACUGGCCAACCUCACGAGGGCUCCACCUACUCGUCCAGGAAGGACUGCCAGAUGGCGCUCAACAGAGCCGAGUACGCCAAAGUCAAACUGGGAGAACUGGGACGGACCUGCGAGGUGAUGUUGGAGCAGCAGCCGCCGCCGCCGCCGUGAAGAGAUGACCGCUCGUUUUCUUCACCUUCAUUCGGACUCCACAAAGGGUCCGCUUAAGGAGUUGAAAUGCGUCCGUGUUCCCUGCUUAGCCAUUAAAGCAAAGCUCCUGAUGCACCAAUAAACGCAUUCUUACGAUCCAA